AUGACAGGAACACGGGGCCCAGUGCCCGUACCUCUGGAGACUCAGGGUCGCAACCUCACACAAGACGUACUCGACCUCCUCGACACAAAGGAAACGCUCCAGAGCAAUGAGGAUUUCCCCGCCAUACUGCAGCGCGACAUCAAGGCCGCACUCGACAGGCUCGCCAGCAGAUCGAUGGUCGAAUACAAGACGAACGACAAGGAGCAGGUCAACCUGACACCCGAGUCGGAAGGAAUUGUCGCGAAUGGAAGCCACGAGUUCAAGGUCUGGAAAGCAGUGAAGGAGGCGGGGAAGAUCGCUAUCAAGGACUUGCCUAACAUUGUCGGCAAGGACUCUGCGAGCGUGGGACAGGGCAAUGCAUUCAAGAACAAGUGGAUCAAGAAGGACGGCACCGAGCUCGUCCUCGUAGCCACAGAAGAGCCCGAGGACGGCAUGCAGAAGCUUCUCAAGGACAUACAGGAAACGCACACUGUAUCAGAUGUCAAGCAGCUCAACGACCUGAAGAAGAAGAAGCUCGUUACCGUCACCAAGGUCAUCACAUACACAGUCACCAAGGGACCCAAGUACGCGAAGGAGAUGCCCGUGGAGCACACAGACUUGACAGAAGACCUCCUCAAGAGCGGAGCCUGGGAGACCGCGAAUUUCAAGCCGUACAACUUCGCCGCGCUGGGCGCAGUGCAAAAUGCCGGCGCAUUGCAUCCUUUGAUGAAGGUCAGGCAAGAAUUCAGGAACAUCUUCUUCUCGCAAGGCUUUGUCGAGAUGCCCACUCAACACUUCGUCGACUCUGGCUUCUGGAACUUCGACGCUCUCUUCGUACCACAGCAGCACCCUGCCCGUGACAUGCAGGACACCUUCUUCGUUUCCGACCCAGCGAUAGCGGACAAGCCGCGCGCCGACCCCGAGAGCGAGAGACAGAUGGACCAGAUGGAGGCAAGCUCACAACGUCUUUUCGCGACCGAACAAAGCCAGAAGGAAAAGAAGCCCAGAGACUUCGAAAAGUACUGGAACGAUGUCAAGAAAGUCCACGAGGAGGGCGCUUUCGGCUCAAUAGGCUACCGCUACAAGUUCAAAGACGAGGAGACAUUACGCCUGGUCCUCCGUACACACACAACCGCCGUCUCCACUUGGGCGCUUCACCGAUUGGCAGAAGACCCGCGACCUGCCCGCUAUUUCUCCAUCGACCGUGUCUUCCGUAACGAGACAGUCGACGCUACACAUCUGGCUGAAUUCCACCAGAUCGAGGGUGUCAUUGCUGAUUUCGGCCUGACAUUGGGCGGUCUCCAGCGUUUCCUCGGCGACUUCUUCGCCAACAUGGGUCUUGAGAACCUGCGCUUCAAGCCCGCCUACAACCCUUACACAGAACCAAGUAUGGAGAUCUUCGGUUACCACAAGGGCCUGAAGAGGUGGAUCGAAAUCGGUAACUCCGGCAUGUUCCGACCCGAGAUGCUGGAGCCCAUGGGAUUGCCCAAGGACAUGCGUGUCUACGGUUUUGGUCUGUCCCUCGAGCGCCCCACAAUGAUGAAGUACGGUGUAUCGAACAUCCGUGAGCUUCUUGGGCACAAGGUCGAUCUCAGCUGGAUCAAGGAGCAGCCGGCUGUUCGUUUCGACAAGGAGUAG